GUCCGGCUUCGCAGCGUCCUUCCACAGCCGCUUCGUGCGCAUUUCGGAGGAUGGACUGCGUGCCGCCUACAUCGGCACGAAGCAGGAAGACAGCUAUGAGCUGCACGGGGGCAUCAUCGGCAAUGCCCCGCUGACAAGUACAGCCGAAGGCAAGUACUUCGAAGUGGAGGUCUUGCGCACUGGGGAGGGCCACCCAGAUGGGCUUUGCAUCGGCGUCACGACUUCGCGACCGAAGGAUUUGCGAGCGCCACCGGACACCAUGGAUGGGGUACGCAACACCUGGAUCGCCGGCUACGAUGGGCUCAUGUGGGACCCGCUGGAGGCCGACAUGCUGCCCAUCAGCUGGAAUCCUUCGACAUUGCGUGCUGGAGACAGGGUCGGAGUGCUCAUCCGCACUGGCGGCGAGUUUGCUGUCUAUGUGAACGGCGAGGUGGCUUUUGAGCGGGCUGGUGCUCACGUGCCGUUCGCGUCUCCGCUCUUCGGGGUCUGCGACCUCCUCGGGCAGUGCGAUGAGGUGGGGCUGGACAUCGAGGCGCUCCCGCCCAAGCCUUCCUCAGAGACAAUCGCCAACAGAGAGGAUGUGUCGAACAAGGCGACGCCAGCCCAGGCCGAACCUGUUCGCAAUUCCGGAGGAGGCGAGCGUCAGGUGCCCAUGGAAGCUUUCAUGUCGGGCUUCGACGGCAGGAAGCUGGGAUACCGCGUGCAGCUCUCGGAGGAUCGGCUCGCAGCGACUUACACCGGACAGACUGGGCUGGAGCUUCAUGGUGGGCUCGUCGGCAAUCAUUCGCUGCAAAGACAGGCCUCGGGCGGAUUCUACUUCGCGGUGGAGGUCACGAAGGUCCGGGCCGAGAUGAUGGACGGGCUCACGCUUGGGGUCACCACCACGCCGCCCCACGAGCUGUCAGACAUGCCUGACACUAUCGACGGCGUGCAGGACUGCUGGACGGCCGGGUACGACGGCCAGAUGUUCGACAGCUCCUGCGACCGCUGGACAGAUCUGGCAUGGCAUGGUCGAGACCUGUCCGUCGGUGAUCAGAUCGGCCUUCAGAUCACGGAGGAAGGCCGCAUGGUGCUCUUCCAGAAUGGCCAGCUGGCAGCACAGGCCCACCAGGGCAUUCCCACCAACGUGCCUCUCUACGCACUCGUGGACCUCCUUGGCGCCACGGACGGAGUCGGGGCCUCAGCGCGGCCUGUGACCUUCUUUGGAAUCUGGGGAGCCGAGCGGUUCAAGAUUUAG